AUGAUUACUGCACGUCAUCCGUCGACCAUGUCCGGCGCCGUCACCGGACGCGGAACAAAAAACGCGGACAGACUGCCGCAAAAAAGACUCCCCGGCCGCUCACUCACCGGCGUUUGCCCAUCGAUGGCGGCGGAUACUACAACAGCAACAAUCGACUACGGUGACAUGCUCCAAAGGUCUAGCCUCCCCGUCGACUGCCGGCGAGCCGUUGCAGGUAUAUCUCCCCUGUUCGCUGGUCUACACGACACAAAAUCGGCGAGCCAUCGCGUCACCAGUCCACUCAGGGCGACUGGUCGGAGUCACGCCGCCGCGCACGGGGUGAGCCGAACAGCGGCUGUUUUUGAGUUGGGGGAGGGGGAUGACGAAUAUGUUUGA